AUGGCUGAGGUCUACUUGAAUGGAAACUCUUCUUCACCCUCUUAUGACUAUCGCUACUCGCAUCAGCCUUGGAAUGUGGUCACUCAGACGGUGUGUCUUGUCCUGAGUACUGGCUUUGUUGCCAUGCGGCUGUAUUCGAAGAUCCAUAUCACGAAAGCGCCUGGUUGGGAAGACUGGACUUGCUGUCUGGCUUGGCUCGGACUGUUAGGUUUUGUCGGUAUCUCCCUCGAGGCAGACAGACAUGGAAUCGGUGUUCAUCAAUGGGAGGUUGAUCCCCAUGAUCUGAGUGAUUUCGCCAAACUGAUAAAUGCAUCGCAGGUUCUCUAUGGGCCUCUGAUAUUCCUCACCAAGCUAUCCAUCUUCCUUUUCUACUUGCGGGUGUUCGCUCCAUCUCCUAAGUGUAACCAGUGGUGGUUCAUACAGAUCCUGAUGGGGCUGAACUUUUUCUUCUACUUGGCGGAUACUAUCGUGAAGAUUUUUGAAUGCACACCAAGAGCAAGGAUCUGGGAUAAGGCUGUCCCGGGUCGUUGCAUUGACGCUGCCAUACCUGUCCUUGUGACGUCCAUCGUGAACGUCGUCUCGGAUAUCAUGAUGCUGCUGAUGCCCAUCAGAUGUGUCUGGCGGUUGCAAAUCACUUUACGGAAGAAAGUAGGCAUUACAGCUAUAUUUGCAGCCGGUCUUUUCGGCUGUCUCGCCAGCGUGAUGCGUCUGCGUUGGAGCGUCAAAAACCGCAACACCACGGAUAAUACCUUCGAUGCGUUUCCUGAGCUUUUAUGGACAACGGCGGAAAUAACCUCUGGAAUUAUCGCCAGUAGCUUACCGGCCCUGCCGAGCUUCUACAGACACAUCUCCCAAAAAGCCAAGACACUCGUCAGGAGCAUAAGCACCGCAAGUCUGACUACAUUCAAGAGAAGACUACCCAGCACAGGCAACGGAUCUGGGGCUCGACAGUCUGUUUCGCAUCUUUCCUGGCAUCCAAGUUCCGAUCCAGGCAGAUCCGAACUGGUACGGUCCGGAUCGGACUGGGAGAUGGGGGAGAUCGGACUAUUUCACGGAACGUUCUUCAUGACUACAACAGGCACGACGGAGGGAGAUGGGGAGAAGGGGUUCCACUCUAAUAUCGAUGGGCUCCGGGUGGAGGAAGAGGGAUGUUAA